AUGCAGUCAGGUUUCAAGGUGCCUCAAGCACUACAGCCAGUGGCACUGUCAAUUGGUUCAUAUCCGGGCACAGGUUCUACGCCUACUGCUUCCAGACAUCAAUCGGGCCACCAGGGCAAUUUUCAGCAAUCAGGGGCUCAGGGACGAGUCUACGCAUUGCCAUGGGCCGAUACCUCCGUAGAGACUUCUACGGUUCGAGGUAUCUUUCUAGUUUUCAGUUCUUGGGCUAGAGUUCUUAUUGACACGGAUGCGUCACAUUUAUUUAUAUCUGUAUCAUUUGCAUAUUCUUUGGGUCUGGAGGUCACGCAGUGGGAUGGUUUCCUUUAUGUUAACACACUAGUUGGGGGUCAAGUGUUUUUGGACCGUGUUUGUCGGGGUUGCGCUAUCGAGAUAGCUAGGCGGACUUUAGAGUUCAAUUUCAUCAUUUUUCACAUGACGGGUUUCUUUCGUGCCAUGAUCGACUGCUUCUGCGGGAGGGUAACUGUUUGCAUUCCCAAGGGAGAUUGUUUUCACUUCGUCGGAGAUCAGAGUGAUUCCCACUCGACGAUAAUUUUCAGUAUUGGUGACUGGAGUCGCCACAGGUCUUACUUAGCUAGCCUGUUAGUUGACAAAGACAGUAGUUCGGGCCGUAUUUUUCCAAUAGUUGUUAUGCAGUUUCUGGAUGUUUUUCCGGAGAAGUUAACGAAGUUUCCUUCUCUUCGGGAAGUUGUCUUUGCCAUUGACAUCAUUCCCGGUACUGCAUCGAUCUCUAUGGCACCGUAA